AUUGUGACAUCGCAGGAAGUCUAAACAGGUGAUUGUAACAUCAAAUUUAGACCAGGAUACCUCAUUCCGGGAAACGUAAUCAAGAACUGACUGCAAUCAUAAACAAUGUCAAAAGCAUAACAACAAGUAGGUAAAUGCCCACACCAGUACUUCCCCAUGGUUUGUCCAAGUCAUGUGACAGGGGAUGGCUGACAGCACGUCCGAGGCCGACAGAAAACCAACCAAUCAUGAUACGGCAAACUCUAACGAUACCUGUGAGCACAAAGAAGAACUAGCGGAAGUCAUCAACAAUGUAAAUGCAUUUAUAAAGCAGAGAAAACAUACAGAGGCACUGGAAGAAUGUAAUAAGGGUUUGCAUAACAAUGUAAACAAUGACAAGCUACUGGAGAAGAAGAUCAAGGUGCUGUGUCAUCUCGGCCAGUUCCAGGAAGCAUAUGACCUCGCCUGCGACUGGAAGGUCCGAGAUCCACAGCAUCCCGUGGCUCAGAAAGAAGUAAACCGACUCAAGAUUGUGUUGAAUGCGCUACGUGAUCAGGACUCUGAUGAUGAUGCCGAAUCUCCAGGUGUGAGAGGACCAGCCCAACCUGAUGUCAGGAGUUCCCCCGAUGGGAGGGAGGAGGGGACUGAGGCGGUGUCCCCCCAAACCAGGCCGGCCACCAACAUAGUGCUUACCCUCCCUCCCAUGCCAACGAAACCUCCAAAGUCAGAGGUUCAAUCUGUCUCAGAGUUUGUGUGUACCUUCUGCGACAUCAAGUUCACACGGCAAGAUGAGUUGGACACACAUUGCCGCAGUGACCUACAUAAGAAACGACUGACCUCUGACGAAGGUCAUGGGUGGAAGUUCCGAGCUCCGCCCCGUGGCCUCAGCAGUGAAGAAUAUGUCCUCUGUCUCAGAUUUUCUGAGAUUGGGCGGUGUCCAUUUGGAGAUAAGUGUACCCAGGCCCACUCGGAGGAUGAGCUGAAUGAGUGGAAGGAGCGGUUCAAGUUCCGGAAACAGCAGCUGCAGAAGGCGCGGGACAGUCAGCUCCAUGGUAACACCUACACAGACCAGCUCAUGGAGAGACUGACAAACACUGAGAGUCCUAAAGCUGUGCUGGUUCACAACUUAGACUUUGUAAAAGUGCAUGUCAACUCUGACCUUAAGGUCAACAUGACAAACAAGAAGUGCACCAAUGCCUGGACCUUCACCAUCACCUCGAAGAUCUGCCUGCACAGCGUGGCCCUCCUGGAUGACGUGAACCGCAGCUACUUCUACAUCUCGUCCAUUUCCGUGGGCCCCAAGAAGACACAGAAGUACCAGAACUUGGAGAACCAGUGCCAGGAGUGGAUCAACCAGGACACUGCCAACAAGGGCCACGGUGAAUACGUCUACAGGGUCAAGGUUGUAUUCAAGACCGACCUGUAUGGCACAUUCAGGCAGUCCAUUGUCUUUGACUUUGGUCUGGAGGCGGUGAUGGCCCGCGAGAUGCAGGUGGAGUCUGCACCAGUGAUGGACACUGAGAAGCUGACGAAGGACCUCAUCCUCACAGACUCCAGCAGGUGGACGGAGGAGAAAGUGGAAAUUACACCCUUUGAACCUGUUUCCAACCCGUACUCUGACACAGAGAAGAACCUCCUGUCUAAGUACACAUUACCUCGGCCGGAGAAGCUGUCCAUGUCAGAGACCAUCAUCCAGACCCUCAGCAAGGAGAACUACCGCCUCUGGAUGCAUGAGAUGCUCUACCUGGAGGAGAUGGCCCAGCUCAGCUUCGUGUCCCGAUUCAAUGUAAAGACAUCCCUCCAGCUGGUGAACCGCUUCCUUCUGAUGCCGGGUGCCCUGUCUACUGCCAAGUAUGCCCAUGAUGGACAGCUGUUCGCGAGGAUGAAGCUUGAGGAUGACCUCUCUGAGGACUCUAUGGGAGGGCGGCUCAUCCUGAUGAACUCCCAGAUGGCACUUAUCGCACCGGCCAUCACUGAUGCUGAAGGAAAACUGGCGCAGACAGACCAGGUGUACGAAGCAUUGAUAGAGGACAAGGGAAAGAACUUCAUCUUCCUGCGAGUCUCCGCCCGCUGCAUCAAAGAACUCAACUUGUCAUGUGACCAGGAGUUUGAGGCUCAGGUGCAGUUCCAGCUGAACCGCCUUUCCAAGUGUGAAAUGCACUCAGCUGUUGAUAAACUGCCUACGCUGGACAUUGUGUUUCCUCACAAGAGUGAUCCAGCCAUCCCUUGGACUCCAAACAGGCAGUGGAACGGGGACAUGGACAACAAGCUAAAUGUGAAGCAGAAGGAGGCCAUAGUGGGUGUAGUCACCGAUCUCAACAUCAAACUGCCGCCACUCCUCAUCGUGGGGCCAUUUGGGACAGGGAAAACAUUCACCAUGGCUCAAGCAGCUAAGCAGGUUCUCAAGCAGGAGGACACAAGGAUCCUCAUCUGUACCCACUCCAACAGUGCGGCAGAUCUCUACAUCCGAGAGUUCUUUCAUCCUUAUGUGGAAGACAACCACCCAGAAGCAAAGCCACUACGUGUGUUGUACCGACUGCGAUGGGUGCAGACGGUGUCCGACAUUGUCCUGGAUUAUUGUCUGUGGGACAAGUCCGUGGGGCUGUUCCGGUAUCCCAAGCUGGAGGACCUCGAGAAACACAGGAUUGUCAUCACCACACUCAGCACAUCGCGAUACAUCAGUGACCUUGACCUACCAUCAGGCUUCUUCACCCACAUCUUCAUAGACGAGGCAGCACAGGCUCUGGAGAGUGAGACUCUCAUCCCUCUCUCCAUGGCAGGAGAAUCCACCAGGAUUGUACUGGCUGGGGAUCACAUGCAGCUAAGUCCUGAGGUGUACUCGGACUACACUCGGCAGCAGGGUUUCCACUCCUCCCUCCUGGAGCGUCUGUACGAGCUCUACCCAGCCGAUUCCGCCUGUAAGAUCAUGCUGUGUGAAAACUAUAGGUCACACUCAGCCAUAGUGGACUUCACAUCCGAGCUGUUCUACGACAAUAAGCUGAUCGCCAGUGGGAAGCUGACAGCUCACAACAGCCACUACCCACUGACAUUCUACGCUGCAAAAGGGGAAGAGAUCCAGCAUGCCAACAGCACCGGCUUCUACAACAACUCAGAGGUGUAUGAAAUUGUUGAAAGAGUUGAUGAACUGGUGAAGAAGUGGCCUGAAGACUGGGGACCCAUUGAGGAGGGUGGCAUCGGAGUUGUAGCUCCUUACUCAGACCAGGUUAUCCGUAUCCGAGCAGAGAUGAGGAAGAAGAAGAUGUACAAUAUUUCUGUGGAGCGAGUGCUCAACGUGCAGGGCAAACAGUAUCGUGUGAUCAUCUUGAGCACUGUACGGACACGCCACUCUUGCCGUUCAGACACAAGUGUUGAGGACCUGAUGGACUAUGGCUUCCUAUCGAAUGUGAAGCUCCUCAAUACAGCAAUCACGCGAGCUCAGUCUCUCGUCGUUGUUGUUGGCGAUCCAGUUUCCCUCUGCCUUGUUGGCAAGUGCAGGAAAGUGUGGGAGUACUAUCUGGAGAUCUGCAACAACAGCAGCAGCUUCCAUGGCAUGACAUGGACGAGUCUUCGCUCACAACUGGAUGGUGCGGAAAUGACCAAGACCUAUGUCCUGAAUCCCCUGGCUCCAGAGUUUGUCCCGAAUCGUUUGUUCCACAGCUCCCAGUCAGCAGCAGACGCAGCAGGCCAGUUCCUCCAAGGGAUGCCCCACAACAUGCCCUGGCAGCACCUCAGUCCAUACCAUCCCAUGACAACGUCUUAUGGACACUCUGUCAUCCAGCCGAUGUACCAGCCUCCAGUGAUGCCGUACUAUCCGAUGCCCAUGUACCACCCCGGCUUCUUCAGCCCCAUGGUCUACCGGCCGUACAUCCCACACCGUCAAGGGAGCCCAGUCAGUGGAAGGUCCAGUUCACCCAAGACGGUCACAACCAGAGCUACACCCAUGCCCCCAGCCAAUCACGGCAUGCGUGGUCGGCCUGAGCAUGGCAAGAACUCACCAGAUGGAGCCAAACAAGGGGAUCAUCCUCCAUCCCACAUGAAGGCAUUCUACAAGCAGCCUAAAGGUCGCAUGAUGGUGUAUCUGCCGCCUCGGAUGCCGAUGUCUUAUCCACCAUAUUACCACCAUCCCAUGUUCCAGCAUCAUCCGUACUUCUACAUCGGGGAUGAACAGCACCCCCACAGACUGUCUGUUCAUCAGCCUCCAUUCAUGCCUCAAGGCCCCCGCUUUGCUCCCUAUGGUCCAGUAUUGCCCUAUGGUCACCCCUCGGGGCCUCAGGCAGGAGAGCGAGGUCAGAGCUCAGGGCCUUCAUCUGGCUCCAAUUCUAAUGUGUCCACUCCAACACCAAUGGAAGAUGCUGAGAUGAGGAGCAGAUCAGAGGAUCGGUCAUCGCCGUCUGUGUUGGGGCAGAAGAUUCAGCUGAUGCCAGGAGUCAAACACGUGCCUGCUCACCUCCUGAACACAGAAGGGAAAGAAGUGGGGUCAAAGAGUAGCACACCCACCACUCCACCCCCUGAGGACAGGCGGGAAGAGAGGAGGUCGACCCCACUGUCAGAGAGACCCUACAGUCCUGCAAACUAUGGGAAAAUGCCAGACAACAACAAAGUUGAGAAGAUUAACAACAGAGACAACCUAAAUAUUGUUUCAAAUAAGAAACAAGCAAGAAAGCAAUUGAAACUGAAAACGGGGUUCAGUCGUCAGUUCAGCGAUGACCUGCCAACUCCUACCGAGAUCACAGACUUGGUGAGGAUGAUUGAAGAAAGCAUUGAGGAGAAAAAAGAGGAAGAGGAACCACUGCCGAAAAACAAGCCUGGGGAACUCAAUGGUCAGAGUCGCUUGUCCUCACUGACUAAACUCCAGCUCAACUUGAACAAUGGACAGGACCUGUCAGACAAAGGUGCAGAACCAUCAUCUGCUGGCAGUCAGAAUGGAGAAAAGUUGUCAUAUGCAGGAGUCCUCAGGAAGCCACCAUUGCCUCCUGCCCCAGUCUCAAGAAAUGGGUCAAAUAUGGACACAUCUCCUUUGAUCGAACCUCAAACUCCCCGAACUCCAUCUGGCUUCAUCACUCCAGGCACCGAGAUGGAGAUGGACCCAUUCGGCAUCCUGAAGAGUCUUAAUAUCGAGUCCUCCUCCCCUCAGCAUCAUUGCUAUCCUCGUUACUAAACAUCAGCUCCUGUGUUCUAGCAGACAAGGGACUUAUCAGUCCACCAUCCUACAUUUCCAUUUAUAGAAACUGACUCAUCUGUAACAAAUAUGGCAGUUGGACAUGCAUGAUCCUGACUCUGUUCAGUACGCAUUGUUUCAACUCAAUCACCAGCAAAACUGGAUCGUGUUUUUUUUUGAAUGUCGGACACAGGACCAUGGGAGACGUGUAGAUUUUUGCUUUGUAGGUAUAGCCCUUCGUUCUCCAUGUACGUGUCAGAGCAAGGGUACAUUCAAGUGCUUGUUAGACUAGUUUCUUGGCUUUUCACUUUCUUGCCUGACACAUGUAGUGCUUUCUGUAUAUUUUCUCCUGUAUAUUUCCUGGUAGCCAUGUCAGUGUAUUGUCACCUUCAUGUUGGUUCUGUGACACUGAUCGGCCAGAGGCCAUCUGUCGUGCUGACAAAUCAUCCAGUUGGAUGCAAGUUUAUUUUGUUAGAUGACAUAUUAAUACCAUUGACUGUUAUCCUUGGUGAAGAACAUGACUGUUGUCUAUAAAGAAUUACACCAACCAAUGCAAGUUUUACACCAAUAGUUUGGAACUAAAUUACAGGGUGAUAUUUGGCUUGAUUUUCUCUAAAGGUUUCUCUUUGUGGACAAUCAUGAUCGCCAUUAGAAACUGAUGUAAAGUCAGACUCUGAAUAAGAAUAUGAAGUUUCAUGAAAUAGUAAUUCAAGUAAUUCUUAGACGAUUCACAGACGAUGAUGUUUAUGUGAACUAACACUAUGAGUUUAUUAGUCACUGUUUCCCCUCGAACAUAGUGCAAUUGUUAUAUUAUCUGUCCCUGUGUCUCUAAACAAGUGAUUUUGAUUUUGCUCUGUUGUCCAUCUGCCAUUUCUGUGGGUAAUUUACAGAGAUGGGACAUUCAUGUUCGUCAGAAUUACUUGUGUUGUUAAGCAAUGGCUGUGAAUAUCUGUGACAUUUUCCAUUGUCAGAAAUGAAAUGAGUGUCAUUAAAGAUAAGAUUUA